AUAAGAACCAGCCGUUAAGUUUAAGGCUAACAAGUACUGGGCGAUACCCACUUAGGCAAGGGUACCAUCCGAGUAGUAUAAAACGAAGAAUGAACCAUGAAGAAACCAGUUGACUUAGACAGAUCGACCGAACCACCACAAUCACCAUGAAAUUCUUGGUUGCCCUCUCUUGCCUUUUGGCCGUGGCUUGCGCCAAACCCGACAUCGUCGCCCCCGUGGCCUACACCAACUUCGCCCACCACCCCUUGGCCUACUCCACCGUCGCUGGCGCCCCCAUCGCCCACACCUACGCCGCCGCCCCCAUCGCCCACACCGUCGCUCACCCCGUCGCCCACGCCGUCGCCGCCCCAGUCGUAGCCGCCCCCAUCGUGGACAAGACCCAAUACCACUCCCAAGACGCCCUCGGCCAAGCCGCCUACGGCCACUCUGAGCCCUUCCAGGCCCAUCAUGCCGUCCAAGACGCCGCUGGAAACAAAGCCGGUUCUUACAGCUAUGUCGCCCCCGAUGGCCAAGUCAUCUCCGCCAACUACGUCGCUGAUGCUUUGGGUUACCGUGUGGCCUCCAACGCCCUCCCCGUCGGCCCUGCCGUCCCCGCUGAGACCCCCGAAGUCGUAGCCGCCAAAGUCGCUCACUUCAACCACCACGCCCUCGUCCGAUCUCGUGCCCGCAGAGCCGUCGUCGCCGCCUACCACACCCCCUACGUGCACAACGCCUACUACGCCGCCCCCGUCUACCACCACGCCGCCGUCGUACCACACGCCCUCGCCUACCACCAUGUCUUCUAAGAAGAGAGGUUUGGCUAGCGAAAAGCGGUUUUUUCCACGGUCGAGGAUAGUUCCGCAUUUUCAAUAGUCGAAAUGACCAACGUUAGUCAACUUUAACUCUGAGAGUUAACACUGUACCAAUAUUUGUACUUUUUAGGACAAUAAACGCAACACACAUGAUAAAA